AAAAACUGCUAAACCCUCCAAAGCCCCGCCGAGGCCAUCGAAUCGAUCGAGAGAGAUCGACUCCGCCUUUGCUUUUUGCUUGUGGGGGAGGGAGCAAACCCUCGAUUCGGUAGCGGCGACGAGGAAGACGAAGGCGAAGAGGAAGAGCUUCUGGCCUCCCGCAGCGAACUGGCUCGUUCUCGCGUGGCCGCUGAGAGGAUGGCGACACCAAGCAAGCGUCUUCACCCUGCGCCCGGCUCCGGCGGCGCCUCCGUCGCGGGUUACGCAGGAUUGGAGCACCCCAAUGUGGCAGGUGUCUUUGGGAAUCCUGGUUUCAUCAUGACCGACGAGGUGGGCAGCUAUGAGUGUUCCGUGACAAGAAAUGGCCAACCAAUUCCUCCUGAAUGUGAGAUCGUGUCAAUCGAUCGUCAUACCAGGGUCAUGAGCUGUGCUGCUGGAGUAGCCUUUGACUAUCUUGAACAGUCUUCUGCCUUUUACCUUAUGGAUGCGGAUGACCCCAACACUUGCUGUGCUAAACAAGUAAAUGAGACUGAAAAGCAUAAUGUGGCUUCUGAUUCCGAAGCUAGUGCUGAUGUUGAUGUUACAAAAACUAAUCUAACAGAUGGUUGUUGUCAUGAUGCUGAUGUCAUUGUCUUUGGUGCUACUGGGAAACCACUACAAGCACUUGAUAAAGAUCAAUUGGCUGAAGGGAAAGGUGCCUUUAUGACGAUUGGAAAGGUUGGAAAAAUCAAGCAACGAGUUGCUAGUUUGGCGGUGUCCUCAGAUUCAGGAAUAUCUUCAUAUUCAGUGCAUGGAACCAAAUUAACGAGUCCAUUGAGAGUGUACCAAGUGUGGGUUUUCCUGCUGGUCAUAUUUUUCUCUCCAUUGCAAGUUUCAUCUGCAGAAGCAAAGAAAGAGAGUGCAGAAAUUGGAAGUUGUCGUUUUGACUUAACAAGUGUCGCAGCACUGUCAUGCGUGGAGCUAGAUGGAAGCUGGAGGCCACCCUCGAUGUCAUGCUGCAAUGCUUUGCUGUACGCAAUAGAUCAUGUGCCAGCUAGCAAUGAGAGUGGAGUAUGCUGUCUAUGCCGCUACAUGAGCCAGAAAUAUUCUCAUUUUGCACUAGCAGUAUCGUAUGUUCUAUGCAAGGGAAAGGACAGGAGUAUUGUCACCACAUGGUCAUCGGUUCCACAUAAUUGUUAUACGGUGUGUCGCCGAAGAAAUGCUUCCUUUCUUGCUGUGGAUACCCCUGCAGUUGUAUCUGUACUGGGCACUCGCAGUAAGGACUUCAGGAUACCAUGGAUAGCAGCUCUUGUUGUAGCUGCAUUUUGUGCCAUAAUGCUUGCCUCCUGCUAUCACUGGUGGUGUAAGCCAACAGCGACAGGUGAAUCACAACCUCUGAACCUCCAGUGUAGGGGACUGCCUAGUAAGGCCCGGGAGGAGCAAAAGCCAUCCAGGAGGCAUUCAUCAUCUCUGCGCAGAUUGUCUUCUCGUGAUUCUCCAAACGGUUGAAGUUUGAACUUUACAAGUUUCUUUCUUUUGGAUGAUGAUGUUGGUUCGCAUAUCCUUGCCCAACUGAUGUUGGCAUGUUGCAGAACAUGUAUUACCUUCAUGUAUGCCCUGCAAACUCGCUGGUCGUAUGUGUGGUUCCAAUAUCAAUAUAUAAUAUAUCUCAAAUUUCUAUUU